UGAUUGACUUAUUUCUUUAUCGCGCAAUAACCUGUUUCAAACGCGAAUAAAAGGCACAAUCUCUCUCCAGAUCAACUUCUCUUGAACUGGCAGCACGAACCAAUCAUUUUAGUCGGUAUUAACUUGGCCUCCGGACUGUCAGCAUCAUCACAGCCGUCCGUAUAUGAGUCUUUCAUUUAUCCCACGAACGUCUCGAGGAAACCACGCGCACGGGAAACAUGAAGGUCUCUGUGUUCAAAUCGGUCGUUUGCAAAAUGUCGCAAACCCUGACGCGCACACAAAAAAUACAUCUGUGUGCGUCACAGUUCACUCAAUAUCCAGGUCCUUUGACGCAAUUUACAGACGACGAACUAAUAAUGAAAGAAACUGUCGCGAAAUUGGCGAAGGAGAAAAUCGCACCGCUCGUGCGUAAGAUGGAGAAGGAGAACAAGAUAGACGACAAUGUGCUCAAAACGAUAUUCGAUAACGGCCUGAUGGGUCUCAACAUUCCAACAGAUUACGGCGGCACAGGUAGUAGCUUUAUGACCACGAUUUUGGCCAUCGAGGAAGUCGCUAAAGUCGAUGGUGCUAUAGCCGCUUUGGUAGACAUUCACAACACACUCGUAAAUACAAGCCUUCUGAGACUCGGAUCCGAAGAGCAAAAACAGAAAUACUUACCGAAAUUAGCGCAAAAAUAUGCUGGCAGUUUUUGUCUAACGGAGCCCUCCUCAGGAUCGGACGCUUUUUCUCUUAAGACGAUAGCGGUGCGAGAUGGUUCGGACUACGUUAUAAACGGCACGAAGAUGUGGAUCUCCAAUUCCGAUAUCGCUGGAGUUUUCCUACUUUUUGCCAACGCAAAUCCAUCUGAAGGAUAUCGCGGGAUUACAACUUUCAUUGUGGAUCGCGAAACGCCGGGCCUGACCAUAGGUAAACCGGAAGACAAGUUGGGUAUCAAGGCAUCGGGCACUUGUAUGGUCCAUUUCGACAACGUUAGAGUACCUGAGAGCAGCAUAUUGGGCAAGUUAGGACACGGCUACAAAUAUGCUGCUGGUAUUCUUAACGAGGGCAGAAUCGGCAUAGGCGCUCAAAUGAUCGGUAUAGCGCAAGGCUGCUUGGACGCGACGAUUCCGUACACUCUUGAACGAAAGCAGUUCGGACAACCAAUUUUCUCGUUUCAGGCGAUGCAGCAUCAAAUAGCUGAGGUGGCAACCGAGCUCGAAUGCGCCAGAUUGCUUGUUUACAAUGCAGCUAGAUUACUGGAAGCUAAAAAGGACGUUAUGAAACAGGCGGCUAUGGCCAAGUUGUAUGCGUCGGAAACUGCUUUACGCGUUACGGCCAAGUGCAUUGAUUUCAUGGGGGGCGUAGGAUUCACGACAGACUUUCCACAAGAAAAAUUUUUUAGAGACUCAAAAAUUGGUACUAUUUACGAAGGCACAAGCAUGAUGCAGUUAUCAACAAUCGCGAAAUGUAUAAGUAAGGAAUAUUCUUAAAUAGUAAGAUAUAUUAGUAUGUUUUUAUAUAAAAUAUUGAGAUGUAUUUUUAAAACGUUAAUUCUUAAACGUAUUUGUAAAACGUUGAUUCUUGCAAUAUCAAACUACUAAAGUAAAUAUUAUAGGAAAAAAUUUUUACAAAAUUUUAAACAAAAAAAAAAUAUUUAACAAGAACAAAAAUGUUUUGUAGUUGAUAUUGCAAAAUUACUUCUUUUUAACAAUAAGACAAACCACCGCUUCGUUCAGUAAUAGCGUUUUUAUACUUUUGUAUUGUGUUGUAGAAGUUAUUUUGUCAGAUUUGAUAAAAAAAAAAGACGCUCAGUAUAUAGCGCGUAGUUUGCAAUUUCAAAACAAUGGAAUUAAAAGAUAUAAAUUUUUUAUACGUACAAUUUAUAUAUUUUAUAUUUAGAAAUAAAAGAGAUGUAUAUAAAAUGUGCUGUGUAAAAUAAAUUUGAACUGUUGUUAUAGUAUGUA